GAUAGCCAUCCGUCAAAGCAGAUCAGCCAUUGGAAACCAAAUUUGCAUACCAUUGUAUGGUUACACGGGAGAAAUAGUGAAUAGAUGUGACGGAUUUGAACAUCAAACUGUUAUUCAUGUCUUUGGAGGACUUAGGACACCCUCCUUCACUAUUAUUUGGACCUAUAAUCGCUGUGAACUUUUACCAACGCUGAUUCUGCGACAGGUUUCUUGGCAUUUUGUCCGACGGAAUUUUACGAGAGCGCCAUUGGGAGAUGUAAUAUUGUGGCCUUGGAACUGAAUAAAUGUACUCUCUCUUGAUGACUUAAGAAUACAUAUAAUUAUGAGUGGUCGUCCAAGGACAACUUCCAUAACCGAUGCUGGAAAAAGUGGUGCUCAUGCCUCAUUUGGAGGGGUGAAAACGGGGUUCAGCAAAGAUGGAAAUAAGAUAACGACCGUAGUGGCGACGGCAGGUACAGGACCUGACCGUCCUCAAGAAGUGUCCUACACUGAUGCCAAGGUCAUAGGUAACGGCUCUUUUGGGGUUGUGUACCAGGCCAAACUAGUCGAGUCAUCAGAACAUGUCGCCAUUAAAAAAGUUCUUCAGGACAGGCGUUUUAAGAAUCGAGAAUUACAGAUCAUGAGAAAGCUGGAACACCAGAACAUAGUCCUGUUAAAAUUUUUCUUUUAUUCAUCAGGUGAUAAGAAAGAUGAAGUGUAUUUGAAUCUAGUGCUGGAGUAUGUCCCUGAGACUGUGUAUAGAGUAGCCAGGCAUUACAGUAAAAGCAAGCAAACCAUACCCAUUAUAUAUAUCAAGCUUUACAUGUACCAGUUAUUUAGAAGCCUUGCCUACAUUCAUAGCCAGGGAGUCUGCCAUCGUGAUAUCAAGCCACAAAACCUACUGCUCGACCCAGAGUCCGGCAUUCUUAAACUCUGUGAUUUUGGGAGUGCUAAGGUUUUAGUGCGAGGAGAGCCCAAUGUUUCUUACAUAUGUUCACGGUAUUACCGCGCACCAGAGUUGAUAUUUGGUGCUACUGACUAUACUUGUCAGAUAGAUGUUUGGUCAGCAGGCUGUGUAUUGGCUGAGCUGUUGCUAGGACAACCAAUUUUCCCUGGCGACAGUGGUGUGGACCAGUUGGUCGAGAUCAUUAAGGUCCUGGGUACACCCACUCGGGAACAGAUUCGUGAGAUGAACCCUAAUUACACAGAGUUUAAAUUCCCCCAGAUCAGAGCGCACCCCUGGUCAAAGGUACUUACCGUGUUCCGGCCACGCACUCCCGCCGAGGCCAUUCAGCUGGUCAGCCGUCUCUUGGAGUAUACACCUGGCUCCAGAAUCAGCCCCCUUGAAGCAUGUGCACACACAUUCUUUGAUGAGCUACGGAAACCUGCCACUCGUCUACCAAGUGGCAAAGAACUGCCACCUUUAUUCAACUUUACUCCGCAAGAAAUUCAAAUUCAGCCUGCAUUGAACUCUGUUCUCACACCUCCACAUUAUCGCGGCACAAAUGCCACAACCGGAGGAGGGACUCCGGAGACUGGAGUGGCAAAUCCUGGAGGGGAUGCCACUGAUACUCAGGGGGCUGCAGCUGCCGGCAACGCGUAACUAACACUCUCCACUUAGGUCAGGGGGGAGAAUUUUUAUUUAAGUGUUCGUCUCACAGGGAGUCUGUGGUAAAAUUUUACCACACUAGGACAUAACCAGUAGAAACCACAGUGAUGACCUGAAACCAGAUUCAGUGAGUACACACGGGGAAAAAAUAUUGAGUUAUGCACAGAUUAUCAACAAACAUAAUGGAAAGAUGACAGUCAAGUGGAUUAGGCAGGUUAACAAAUUUAAUUGGAAAUAUUACGUGACUUGGGGUUACAGGCUCACCAACAAAGGCAGACUCCGAUAACAGAUACAAUGGUUCUUACCAAAGAGGAAUUACAGAUAACGUGUAGUCAACUUUAUGUGUCGACAUCGGCACAUCCAAACCAUUUCUCAUUUGUACCUGAUGGAAAGACACUCAAAUAACCUAUUGUUAAUGGUUGAUCAGUUCUAGUUAAUGACGGACAGGUUUGUUAGAAUGACCAGGUGCAUUGUUGAGGUCAGUUUGUAGAAUGGUUUGGAGACAUUUUGGAGAGAAAAGACUCUUGGUGCCAUUUCAUUUCAAACUGCAUACAGCAAGUCAAUAUGUUGUAACAAUGUAGUUCAGUGGAGAGAAGUAAGUGAUCAGAAUCGAUUCACUUGUGUAGAGGAACAUUGAAUGCCUUUAAAGUUAACAGAUGGCAGCAUGUUGUCAGCAGGGGUCUGUUGUUUGACUUGCAAGACUGUUUACAUGUCAAUGCCAGAUGAACAAGUUUGAAGACCUUGCUAUAAAAUUGGUGUCUGUUAUCAUAUUUAUUCGUAGAAGAAAACAUCCCAGAGUACACUGAGCAUUUGAUUGUAUGAUCUUCUCAAAUGACUAUCGCAAUCUGUGUUAUUGUCUGGAUGCCUUGCUGGAAUUUACGGAAUUGAAUGUCUGGUGGAAGGUCAUUUAUUGAGAGUAACCACCUGUGAUGAAGGUAUUUUCUCUGUAAGCGAGACCCUAGUUCUGACGAUAUAAUUUAACUGUGCAUGUUAGUAUGAAAGGGAUGCUAGCUUCUGUGUGUGAGAAAUUCUUAACUAGCUACGCGGUGUGUAAUAUCACUGAUGUUGUAUGCGCUCGAAUGAUUGGAGAACAUAUUUUGGUGGGAGCGAUUUUAAAUUAUGGAUGUGUUUUUAUGUCUUGUCUGUCUAUCAUGGCAGACUGGUAAUCUAUGGGUAGACCAUUGAUUGGUUUUAGUCAGUAACGCUUUAACUCAUUCACCCCUGAAGGCACAUUUGAACUCUUCCAAUUCAAAGGUUGGAAUAGUUCAUUAUGAAAUUUCAGGGGCGAUUAAAAUAUUUAUAGUAGUCUAAUAUUUUGAGCUCCUUUGACUGAGUAGAGGAGGAAACUGCAGCUCUGUGAAGCACACGAAUUAUAACAUAUUUAUAAAGUGACAGGCGUUUCAUUGCAGUUUUUCCAAUAAAAGACUGUUUCCCUUUCAUGCUCAAUGAUAUAAUGUAAAAAAAUAAAUGACCCAACCAGACAUUUUAGUGCAUGAUAUAAAAUCUUGUAAAAUUAUACUCAUUGAAGUUCUAUGUUCUUUUAUUGGCUACGUUUUAUUCAAAUUUCUGUAAUUUUUUAUGAAAUUUUAUUUAAUGAACCUCAUGAUGUACAUCUUUUAUCUGAAGCAAACCAAGACAAAUAUGUUCUGUAUGUUUUGAAAUCAUUUACCAGGAAUGAGUUGAAUGUCAUUGUUGAGGCGUUUGUAUAAUGGAUAUGUAAAUUUUAUGAACAAAUGAGUUGGAGUCAGACAUGGCACAAAUCCUUCAUACUUUGGUUUUGCAUGAUAAAUUUAUGUUAUGAUACACACUUUUUAAUCCCAAACUUUAAAAAUUGGUAAGCAAAAGCUUUGUGAGAAAAGUGAUAUGUGAGAAAUUUCUGUGAACAUGAAAUGAAUUUGGACCUUGAAAGCUGUAUUUAUAUAUAUGCCAGUCUUGUGAAAAAUUCGGGUAAAAAUAUAAGUUAUUGUAUUAGUCUAGGUGCAUAACAUUUUGUUACAUAAGUAAAUUGUACCUGAAGAUAUAGUAUAGUUAUCCAAACAAACCUGACCAGUCUAAUACCCAUACGUACAAGUUCGAAUUUAUUUAGUGCCAACGGGGAGAUUGAUGACAUUCUAUUUUUACUGUACAUGGACGAGGUUAGAUAUUUUGUACAAUGUCUAUGUGUUCAGAGAAUCUAUAUACAAA